UUACCCAUGGAUUUUUAUUCACUAUAUCCAUAUCCAUAGGAACCAAUUACAUACAAACCAAGUAAUUUAGGAGCGAGUACAUCAAAUCUUAAAAUCAGGGGACUAAAACGACAAUAUGUAAAAGUCAAAGGACAACUUGUGCUAAUCACUCCAAAAACUCUACAUAUAUCACCAUGUAGUCAAAUGAAGCCAAACAUCACCGUUAUCAUGAUCGAACACGAGAACACCGAACAACUGAACUUCCACAGUUUUUUCGACUCUUGGCUCAGGGAGCUAAAUUCCAACCUCCAAAAGCUCGCCUCCGCCGCUAGCCACCACCACGACAAUGAUCAAAUCGAAGACGACUCAGAUUUACACUCAUUGAUUCAUAAAGUUGUAGGACACUACGAGGACUACUACAACGCCAAAUCAAAAGGAGCAAAAGAAGAUGUGCUUUCAAUGUUUUCGCCAACGUGGCUGACAUCGCUCGAGGAUGCCCUUUCGUGGAUGGCCGGAUGGCGGCCGACGACGGCCGUCCACCUGCUGUACUCCAAGUCAGGAAUCCAGCUUGAGGCCAGAAUGACUGAACUAAUCCCAGUGUUGAGUUGUGGAGAUUUAGGGGACUUGACUUCGAAUCAGAUGAACCAAAUCGAUGAAUUACAGAGGAAAAUCAUCCGUCAAGAGAGAGGGAUAACUGAGAAACUGGCGUCACUGCAGGAGUCGGCGGCAGACACGGGCAUGGUGGAUUUAUCAAACAUGGAAUCAGAGAUGAACAGAAAGGAAGAAGACAGUGGAGGGAAGGACAUCGAUCAAAGAGUGAAAUCGUUGCUGAAGACUAAGAAGGAUGAUUUGGAGGAGGUGUUGCACAUGGGAGAUAGUCUGAGAAUGGAGACAUUGAAGUCCGUUUUGGAGAUUCUGACGCCGUUACAGGCGGUGUACUUUCUAAUCGCCGCCGCGGAGCUCCACCUCAGAAUACACGAUUGGGGCCAGAAGAGGGACGCGACUUAAGUAGAUAGCUUCAAUCGUUCUGCUAGUUAAUAGUAAUACGUCGAUCUUUGAAUCAUAAAAUGUAAGAGCAUAGAAUCAUCCACUGUAAUAGUAUAAAAUCACAUCCAGAACUUUGAUAUAAAACGUCUUGAGUUUAAUCGCU